UGAGGCGAGGUCGGCAGGCGUGGCAGGAGGUGGGGUGAUUUAAAGUCGGGAAGGUGAUGGCCAUGCUGGCCGAGGAGCGGGCGUGGUGGGGAGGGGCGGAGGGGGGACGGGGGCAAGUGGCGCUUGUUGGAAGUGGCCUCGAGUAAUUGGCGCGCGCGACCUCCCUCGCGGGUACUUAACGCGUGGACCACGAUCGCAGUCGUAGUAGUCACAGGUUCGCUGCGCAAGAUCCUCUGCGUCCAUGCCAGGGAGUCGUCAGUCGCCUUCCCCUCCAUCUCUCUCUCUCUUGAUCAGCGGCGGGAGCGCGAAUCGCUUCCUCGCUGUGCGGCUGCUGCGCUCCUCGGAGUCACGCCGGGGGAAUCUCGGCGCGGUCACGAGCCCGUGCGUAAAGUGACAAAAACAUCGACAAACAUCGGCGACGUCAACACCAUCAUCAUCAUCAUCGACACGCUUGCAGAUACGUGUCUUACGAUAAGAACGAUGUAAAUGUUAUAUUCGUAUGAAACAUCGAUAUAACCGCUAUAUCAUUAUCAUCACAAAGAGAGCCGCAGCAUUUUAAAAGUGGAUAACCGCGGACGCCGGAAUAUAAAAUAAAGAGAACAUACAGAUACUAAUCGAUAUAACAUACUAAUCGAUAUAACAUACAGAUACUAAUCGAUAUAACAUACUAAUCGAUAUAACAUACAGAUACUAAUCGAUAUAACAUACUAAUCGAUAUAACAUACAGAUACUAAUCGAUAUAACAUACUAAUCGAUAUAACAUACUAAUCGAUAUAACAUACAGAUACUAAUCGAUAUAACAGGCAGACACGCACGCUGACGCUCACGCUCUCGACUCCACAUGUGCACGCUGGCUUUCGGAGGCUUUGUGGCUCGCACGCAUUCGUUAGAAAGUCUCUCUGCCCUCACCCGUACCUAACCAUACCCUGACCAUCACCAAGAACGAGAAAUUACCACAAUCAGCACCUCGUUAUCAAUAUAACCACGACCAACACCUCAUUACCAACGAAAUCACAAUCGAUACCUCAUCGGCAAAGUCACCAUAACCAACUCACCGACAAAACCACACGGCCAAUAAAGACCGGACGAACCUCCCCAUUGACCGUCGUAAAACUUGGGAGGGGGGGGGGGAAGUCCUAACCAUCAGCGGCGCUCGUGUCAUCUAGUCGUGCGGACCGCCCGCUACCGAGAGGCGAUCAUCAGACUCGUGAUUGAGAGGGACACUAAAGGGAGCUUCAAGAAGCCGAGAGACACACAGAGAUAGACGCCCGCUACCGAGAGGCGAUCAUCAGACUCGUGAUUGAGAGGGACACUAAAGGGAGCUUCAAGAAGCCGAGAGACACACACAGAGAGAGACGCAUACAGCAGCAGCAGCCAGCAGGAGACAGCGGCAAGAAUGGACGGCGGAGACUUCCACUCUCGCGGCUCGUUCGGCGCGUGGGACUACGUGGUGUUCGCUGCCAUGCUGCUCGUGUCCACCGCGAUCGGCAUCUACUACGCCGUCUUCGACCGCUCACAGCAGACCGCGGGGGGCUUCCUGGUCGGAGGCCGCCAGAUGUCUGCGGCCCCCGUGGCUCUGUCACUCACGGCGAGCUUCAUGUCCGGGGUCACGGUGCUGGGCACCCCGGCCGAGAUCUACCGCUUCGGGGCGAUAUUCUCCUGCUUCUCGUUCACCUACCUCCUGGUGGUGCUCGCCACCGCCGAGGGAUUCCUGCCGGUCUUCUACCGCCUCGGGGUCACCAGCACAUACGAGUACUUGGAGAUGCGGUUCGGUCAGUCAGUUCGUCUCUGCGCCACCGCGAUGUACAUCGUGCAGACGAUCCUCUACACGGGCAUUGUGAUUUACGCACCGGCUCUCGCAUUAAACCAAGUAACCGGCUUCAACCUGUGGGGGGCGGUGGUGGCGACGGGAGCUGUGUGCACUCUCUACUGCACCCUGGGCGGCCUCAAGGCGGUAGUGUGGACGGACGUGUUCCAGUGCGGGGUGAUGGUCGCUGGCUUCAUAGCCGUCAUCGUGCAGGGCACAAACCUGGCCGGAGGGAUCAACGUCGUGUGGGAGCAGGCGGCCAACGGGAGCCGACUCAACUUCUGGGAUUUCGACCCGGACCCGCUGCGCCGCCACACGUUCUGGACGAUCUUGGCGGGCGGGUGGUUCACGUGGCUCGCCGUGUACGGCGUCAACCAGUCGCAGGUGCAGCGCUACAUCGCCUGCCGCUCCAUGCUGCAGGCCAAGCUGGCUCUCUAUUUAAACCUGGUGGGGCUGGUGUUGAUCCUGUGGUGCGUGGUUCUGUGCGGCCUCCUCAUCCACACCUUCUACAAGGACUGCGAUCCCUUCACCAAUGGAGAGAUCAGCGCCCCUGAUCAGGUGCUUCCCUACCUGGUGCUCAGUUUGUUCCGGGGAUACCCCGGGCUGCCCGGUCUCUUCGUGGCUGCUGCUUACAGCGGGACGCUCAGCACGGUGUCGUCCAGCAUCAACGCCCUGGCCACCGUCACGCUGGAGGACAUUCUGAGGCCUCGGCUGCCCUUCCUGCGCGGAGCCUCCGAGAGGAAGCUCUCGUGGACCUCCAAGGGCCUGAGUGUGUUCUUCGGAGGGGUCUGCAUCGUGAUGUCCUUGGUGGCGUCGCUGUUGGGGAACGUGCUGCAGGCCGCGCUAAGCAUCCUGGGCAUGAUGGGAGGGCCCUUGCUCGGACUCUUCAUUCUCGGAAUUUAUUUCCCGUGGGCCAACGAGUUGGGUGCGCUGGCUGGGCUACUCGUGGGGCUAUUUCUGUCCCUCUGGGUGGGCAUCGGUGCCCAGCUCUACCCGGCCCUGCCCAUCAAGACGCGACCUCUACCCCUGACCACGGCGGGAUGCAACGUGAUGAGCAACUACACCACAACCAUAUUCACCCCGACGGGAUUCACCCCGACGGUGGCCGACGUUCCAAACAUGCGGCCGACCAUCGCCGAGGAGUGGUACUCCAUCUCCUACCUCUACUACAGCGCCGUGGGCUGCAUUGGAGUGGUCGUUGCCGGAUUCAUCGUCAGCAUCAUCUCAAGUCGUGGGAGGGUGCGCCCCGUCAACUCGCGUCUCAUCCACCCGGUCGUUCAAACCCUGCUGCGCCUGCUGCGUGUCCACAGCCUCACGUACACGGACGAGGAGGAGGGCACGGAGAAGGAAAAUGCGAAUGGAUUUGCGGAAAAAGACGGCAUCCCCGCAGCAGACAUCUCUCUUCACAGCACCAAGCUGUGACGGACGUCCAUCACAGUUCGCAUCUUGGGGGCGCUCCAAAUGUUGUCUUUAUGUUUUUACUUUUUACAACGAUUCUUCGAAAAGGUGAUGUCCAAACAAGCUCUAUCGCCGUCAUUGUUUUUGCUGUUGUGUCCGUAGAAGUAUCAUUCUUUUUUUAAAAUUAUAAUUGGACAGCAUAAUUAGCUAAAUUCGUUAAAAAGACGAAGACAAAGACCCCCCGUGUAGCCUUAACAGCCUGUUGGGGCAAGUGCUGUUAGUGAGCAGCAACAAAUUCAGGCCUGCAGGGGACACAAGGGGGUUGGGUGGCCACUUGGUCGUGUCAAGAUGUCAGAAUCAGAAAGGGUUUAUUCACCAUGAAAGUUCGCACAGACAAGGAAUUUACUUU